AUGAGUAGUAACAAAUUAGCAUUUUUGGACCAAGAAGCUCCACCUGGUUAUGUUGCAGGAGUAGGAAGAGGUGCAGUUGGGUUUAGUACUGGAGCAGAUUUCAAACAUGAAUUGCCACAAGUUGAUGAUGAUGAUGAUGACGACGAUGAAAAUUUGAUCAAUCAAGAAAUCAAUGACAAGGGUUUACUAGUGGCUCGUAAAAGAACUGAAGAGGAUGAGGAAGAAGACAAAGUGUAUGAGCAAAUCGAGCAAAGACUUAAGAGAAGGAAAACAAAACCUCAGCAAAAGCAAGUGUUAUCUGGUGUUAAAAACGAACCAGACAAAAGAUCACAAUUUUUAGAUUUAAAAAAGGACCUAGUGGCACUAACAGAAGACGAUUGGAUGUCAAUACCGGAAGCUGGAGAUAUGACUAGAAAAAAUAAAAGACAACGUAUAUUAGAUCAACAGCUGCAAAGGCUAUAUGCUGUUCCAGACCAAAUCUUAGCUGGAAAUAACGGAAACUUUGGAUUCACUAGAAGUUUGAAUACAUCUAAUAAUAAAAGUAACGCAUUAAGUGCUCAAUUAGAUAGUUUGUUGGCCAGUUCACGCAAGACUCAAAAUAACGGCAUCGAAAAAGAACUAGAACAAGAAAUAAUGUCCUUUGAUGGGGUUGACAGGGAUGCUAAGUACACAGACUUGAAAAAAAGUAGACUCAUAUUCUCAUCUUUAAGAAAGACUGAACCUUACAAAUCAAGCACAUGGAUUUCAUCAUCAAGAUUGGAGGAAGAUGCCAAAAAUUUCAAUAAAGCACGAGAAUACAUACAGCAGGGUUGUAAGAUGAUACCGGGUGACGAGGAUGUUUGGUUGGAGAAUAUACGGCUCAAUGAGAUUGACACCGAUUUUGCAAAAGCAAUAAGUAAAGAAGCGUUGACCUAUUGUAAUAAGUCUAUCAAAUUAUGGUCGAAAGCAAUCGAUUUGGAGAUGGACAAAAAAUUAAAGAAGAGACUUGUCAUGAAGGCGUUGCAACAACUACCGAGAAAUCUAGAAUUAUGGAAAAAAAUUUUGGAACUAGAGGAUGAUCUGGAAGUAAACAUGAAAUUAUUGUUGAAAGCUGUUGAUUUGUGUCCUCAUGAAUGGGAUCUUUGGUUGAAAUUGAUAGUAUCGUCCAAUUACAACGACGCCAAAGCACAUCUAAACAAAGCAAGAAAAAUAUUUUUGAGUGAUUUGAAAGUUUGGAUUCAAGCAUUAAAAACAGAAGAACGUGAAAAUCCAACUGAACUUUCGAAAUUAAAUAAACUAGCAGAGAAAGCAGUGAAGGAUAACAAGUUGACCGAGCCCGAGAGGUGGUAUGAAGCUGCCUUAGAUUUAUCCAAUGAUGGUUUUAAAAAUUCAAGUCGAGCCGUAUUGGAACAAUUUUUAAAAUAUUCAAAGUUCGAUUCAAAUGCAUUGAUAGCAGAAGCACAAAAUUACAACAAAUUUCAUCUGGAACUAAGUCAGAUCAUUUUAAAUUAUGUAAUCACCUCAGAUCCUCAAAAUCUUGUCGUUUGGAAUACAUUAUUCAGCAUUUUGAGAAAAUCUAGAGACUUUGACUUAUUAUUUAAUUACUACAAAAAAGCUAUAGAGUCCAAUCCUGAGGUAGUCACUUUGUAUCUAAGUUUUGCUGAAGAUAAAUGGAAAUUACAGAAAAAUGCCACGGAGGCAAAGAGUUUGCUAUGUUCGGCCGACGAUAAAUUGAACGACGACUCAAUAAAACUUGCUAUCUUCAAUAUGGAUUUUUUGGUGGGAGAUUUGAACAAUGCUAAACUUUACAUCCACAAUGUGAUACAGUCAGAACCAAAUAGAAACGUCAAAUUUUGGUAUAAGUAUAUAUACGCUAUGCAGUGCUUGGAACUGGAUCCACGGGAGGUUUUGAAAAUUAUUCAAGAUGCAAUUGACAUCUUUCCUGAUGACGUGGAAUUAUCUUUGAAAAAGCUUCAAGUUUUGAUCAAUGAUAUUAACGAUUUACAAACAGCUAGACAGUUUGUGUCUUCAAUUGUCGAUGGAAAUCAAGCUUGCCCAGCAUUGUGGAUUAAAUAUAGCGAAAUCGAAGCAAAAUUGGGAGUGUUGAUUAAAGCUAGAUCAGUUUUGGAAAAAGCAUCAACUAUUUAUCCUCAAUCAGUUGAUAUUGCAAUCGCUCAAAUUGAGUUAGAAAAGAGAUCAAACAAUGUAUCAGCGGUUAAGAGUUUGACAAACAAGUUUGUCAAGAAGUUCUCCUUUAACUCAUACAUUUGGUAUUUAUAUUUAUCGUUAAUUCCAAAGAUGUCACACAAAAAACCAGAGUUUGUAAAUGCUUUAAAACAGACGAAUAAUUCUCUGGAAAUGUUAAUGUUUUUGGGUCAGUUUUUUUGGCAAGACGGUAAAUACUCCAAAGCAAAACAAUGGCUUGAGAGAAGUUUGGAAGCUGAUAUUCAAAAUGGUGACGCUUGGGGUUGGAUGAAUAAUUAUUAUAAGUCCCAUGGUACUGAUGUCGAAAAGGAAAAAUUUAGAAAAGAAUAUGAAGAGAUCUUUGAUGACAUUAACAAAGGCAUGAUAUUUUUGAGAACUAAAGGAAGUCCAAAUAAUUACAACAAGACAUCUUUGGAAUUGUUACAAUUAACUUCUAUUGAGUUACUUAAGACUUAA